GAGGCUGAGAAACACUGCAUUAAAGAAUGGUGCGUAGGAUCAUUGUCCAGCUGUGUGCUUCAUAAUUUCCCCCUUAUGUCGCAUUAAACUUUAUGCUUGGUCAGAAUUUAGGAAGGGAUCUUCCCAGGCUCCAAAGUGCACAUCGCUAACUAGAUUCAGGAUUCAACUUUUGGCUGGGGAGGGCAAGCUGCACAGUAGAGGUGUACAGAUACUUCCGUUCAAACAGGAUGGAGUUUGAAAUGUCUUUUUCCAAAGGUAACAGCUCAGAUUUUGAGCUUGAAACCCUUUCAGAUCUCCCCAAACAUCUUAUUUCUCACUCGGGCAGCCAUUGUGUACUAGAAACUGGGCACUGGAAGUAGAAUGUGUUUUGAAUCAAAACAUGUUGCGUAUUAUUACAGUGCAAAGGUCUUGUUUUCUAGACCUCGGGGAAAGAUCCUCCUCUGAUCUGAUUGGGGAGGUUUACUCUUUGUUCCCUCUCCUGCUGAGAAUGUGGCUUGGCUCAUUUAUUCCGAGUUACUUGAUUCAGUCUUCCUGAAUCUGGUGCAUUCCAGAAAUGUUGCACUACAAUUCCCAUCCUCCUCAGACCAAGCCAAAACAUGGCCAGGUGCUUGAUGUAUUACAGCACUGCUUAGGUCUUCCCCGAGAUCUGUAAUCUGUGUGCAUGUCUGUGUUAAAGAUUAAAUGUCCUUUUCCAUUUCCCCCUCUUCCUUGUGUUUCGCUGACUCUGCAGACUUUUCCUUCUACAGGUGGCUGUGAAAAUGAAGACAGCAGUUUCAGUGACCCUGAGUCAGAGAAGUCAGACAACAGGCGCUGUUCGGUGCUGUUGCCUAAAGGUCCUGACUGGGGGCUUUGCCUGCAGGAUGAGCCCUUGUAUCAAACGUAUCGCCAGGCUGUCAUCUCCAAGGAGAUCAAGAGGCAAACCGUUCCACGCAACAGUAGUUUCAGCAGCUCCGACUACAGGGCCCCUUCUCCUGGCGAAGGGCCAACGGGGCCCCAGGGCCCCAUACCUCAUAGCACGCUUUGGCAGGAGCUGCCUGCCGUGCGAGAAAGUGGCCUUUUGGAAAAUAUCAGCCCAGAAGAGAGGAAGAUGCAAGAGAGUCUCUUUGAGGUGGUGACCUCUGAAGCCUCCUACCUACGCUCACUCACCCUUUUGAUUGAGCAUUUCAUGGACUCUCGGGAGCUGGCCGGCACCAUCCUUCUGCGCGAGCACCGUAUCCUCUUCUCCAACGUACGCAAAGUCGAGGAAGCCAGCGAAAGGUUCUUACGGGAUCUGGAAAGGCGGUUGGCUGAAAGCCUGCAGAUCUCAGAUGUUUGCGAUAUUGUGGAGGACCACGCUCAGCAGAGCUUCUCGGUCUACGUUGAUUAUGUCCGUAACCAGCUCUACCAGGAGAAGACCUAUAGCAGCCUCAUGGAGAAGAACCCCCAGUUUGCCAUCGUUGUCACCCGGCUUCAGGAGCAGCCCCAGUGCCAGCGACUUCCCUUCAUGUCCUUCUUGCUGCUCCCUUUCCAGAGGAUCACCCGCAUCAAGAUGCUCCUGGAGAAUAUCCUGCGCCGGACGGACGAAGGUUCUUUGCGAGAACAAAACGCCAUGAAGGCUCUGGCCUCUGUUUCCAAGAUCAUAGAAGAAUGUAACUCCGAGGUCGGCCGGAUGCAUCAUAUGGAGGAGCUGAUCCACACUGCCAGCAAGAUUGAGUUUGACAAGCUCAAGGCCAUUCCCAUCAUUUCCCAGAGCCGGCAGCUGUUGAAGCAGGGAGAGCUGCUGGAAGUUGUGCAUCGUGGCACCAUCUUUGGGAACAAGCCCAAACUGGUCCCCAUCUACCUGUUCCUCUUCAAUGACCUGCUGCUCGUCACCCAGCGCAAGAGCUCAGAACGCUUUGUGGUGCUGGAUUACGCCCAUCGCUCGUUAGUCCAGGCCCAGGGCUGCGAGGAAACCUCCACCGGCCAUAAUGCAGAGAACAGCUUCUACCUGACGUUGAUGGAGAACCACCAAGGGCGGAGUAGCGAACGCCUCUGUCGCGCCCCGACGCAGUCCGAUAUGCACCGCUGGAUGGGUGCUUUCCCAUGUCAUGAGUCCCAGCCCAAUAACAAGCAGGAAACCAUCUAUGAGGACUGGGAUUGUCCCCAGGUUCAGUGCACAGAGACCUAUCGGGCAGCCCAGGCAGAUGAGCUGAGCCUUGAGCCGACAGACAUCAUCAAUGUGCUGCGCAAAGCCGAGGGCUGGUACGAGGGCAUACGCCUAGCCGACGGUAAGAAGGGCUGGUUCCCCUCAUGCUACGUGCAGGAGAUCACAAACGAACACGUACGCCGCCGCAACCUCCGUGAGCGUUACCGUGUCCUUCAGGUUGCCCGCCAGCUGCAGCUGAUGCGCACAAGUUACAUCAAAGGCAAGUACAGCUCAGCCUGAGACUGAAGCCACACAACCAACAGAGCAAGCGACAAGGGAGCCCGGCCUAUGAUUAUCUCAAGGUCGACUUCUGUUUUGCUGGGCAUGGAGCGGCAUCGCCUCAAGAGGGUGCUGAAGGUGGUGAGGACAGUAGACAGCGGUUGUGUUCUGGAUGGAAGGCCACUGGAGGGUGAAGGAAGAGUGAGAUGCAAGCUCGUAGGGUCGAUUGGCUGGAGUUCGUGGUGGCUGCAGUGCCAGAAGCUAGCCAGUAGAGGCAGCAAAGGCACUACUUCAGACAUGUUCCUUCUGCCAGAAGGGGGCGAUAGACUGCAUUUUCAGCUCCGUUGCAGUUUACAGGCUUCGCAACGUCCAGUUCUUAUUCCCCAAAUUAAGUCCUAACUCCUCUGAGUCUGCUUGGCAUCUCAGUAUCCCUGAGUGAGGACCCUGAACCUUCUCAGAGGGUUAGGGUGAAGAAGCGACACGAUCUUCUGCCUUUGGGAGGAUGGAUCAUCCUGGUAGCGGUGCAGUGUUUCAGGAGGUUCCCCAUACCAAGACAUGAUCGAAUGGAUUGCCUCGUGUUUUACCGGAGGUGCCAGCUAAACCUGAGCAGGUGCCCCUAUUUCGCAAUGGCUAUCCGCCUGUUAAAAUAAGUGUGGCAAUUCAGGCCCACCACCUGUAACCCUUUUUUGGGGCUGGAUGAGGCUGGCUUUUUUCCCCACCCCCGUGAAUGAUGGGUGUGCUUUGCCCUUCACUGGCAGGAAAUCGGGUAGGCAGCACUAUGAGAACACACCUCUCCCCCAGUAAAAUGCAUUUUGCAAACAGGGACCACACUGUGAGCACUACCAGUUUCCUAAUCCUGAUCUUGGUGCUGCGACUGCCAAUAUUUCAGACCUUCCCAGUGGUCCUUAACCGGGGCUCGGGUCGGGCCCUUCUCUACCUCAGCGCCUCUCUUUUCUGUAGCUGGGAAUCCAGGACUCUUGUUGUAGCCUGUGGACCCAGCUUAUUCUCCCCCCACCCCCACAUGCCAGCUCACAGCGUAAGACUUUUUUCCCUGAUGCCAACCUGCCUGGAUAUCCUGGAUUUUCUCCUUUGUGUGUUUGGUUUUGCCAACAAGGAAUUUCUCUUCCUUGCAUCCAUUCUGGAAACCUCGCCAUGGAUUGGCUUGUAUUUAUUAACGCGUUGCCCUCUUGGGCUCUCAUGCUGGAGGAGAUUCUGCUUCCACCAUUCUUGGGGGGAAGCAGAGGAGACUGUAUUUAAUUUAUUCUGUUCCCCAUUUGCUUGCAUUGUGACCCCUCUCAUGUUUUUCUAUCCCAAUGGCCUUUUUAAAAAACACUGAUGAACAAAA